AUGCAGGCGCAAAUCCAACCUUCUCUGGAGGAGGUCACCUCGAUCCUUUCAAAAUCGAAAUCCUCUCGAUACCCUCCCAACUUGGUACCGUUAUGCGCGCAAAUUCCCGCAGACCUCCUUACUCCCACAGUUGCAUAUUUGAAAGUUUCACACGGUUCCAAACUAUCCUUUCUUUAUGAGAGCGCAGCAACUACGGGGACGAUUGGGCGGUACAGUUUUGUGGGAGCCAAUCCUCUAAAAGUCUUCAAGUCUGGUCCUGGACACGGUCCCGAAGAAGAUCCACUUCCGCGCCUCGAGAAAGAGCUGUCACAAUACAGAGUUGCGAGUGUUCCUUCGCUACGGCUACCACCACUGACUGGAGGCGCGAUCGGAUACGUUGGAUAUGACUGUGUGCGGUACUUCGAGCCCAAGACCGCUCGGCCCAUGAAGGACACCCUGAAGCUGCCGGAAAGCCUUUUCAUGCUUUAUGAGACCAUUGUAGCGUUCGACCACUUCUUCAACGUUUGCAAAGUUAUUACGUACCUUCGGGUACCGGAGACGCAGUCUGCGUCUGAGAUUGCCGCAGCUUACGACAAAGCAUGUGGCAUUUUGCAAACGGUGGUGUCGACAUUGCAGGCUGAACAUAUCCCGCUCCCAGAUCAACCUUCGAUCGCGCGGAAUCAGCCUUCAAAGUCCAAUAUGGGGAAAGAGGGCUAUGAGGGCCAUGUCACACGGCUGAAGCAACAUAUAAAUGUGGGAGACAUCAUUCAAGCUGUCCCGUCACACCGCAUAUCACGACCUACGACUUUACAUCCGUUCAACAUAUAUCGACACUUGCGGACGGUCAAUCCAUCACCUUAUCUUUUCUACAUUGAUUGCGAGGAUUUUAGCAUUGUGGGUGCGUCGCCGGAACUGCUGGUGAAGGAGGAAGCCGGCAGGAUCAUUACACAUCCCAUUGCAGGCACGGUCAAGCGAGGGAGAACUCCGGAGGAAGACGACAGAUUGGCCGACGAGCUGCGGAACAGCAUCAAGGAUAGGGCCGAGCACGUCAUGCUGGUUGAUUUGGCACGGAACGACAUCAAUCGUGUCUGCGAUCCGCUGUCAACCCGAGUAGACAGGUUGAUGGCGGUGGAAAGAUUCAGCCAUGUCCAGCAUCUCGUCAGUCAGGUGUCGGGGGUGUUGAGAGACGGCGAGAACAGGUUCACGGCAUUCAGAAGUAUUUUUCCAGCGGGGACUGUCUCGGGUGCGCCAAAGGUGAAAGCAAUGGAGCUAAUCGCCGAACUGGAGGGAGAAAAGCGUGGAGUUUAUGCUGGAGCAGUGGGUUACUUUGGGUUCUCUCGAGUGUCCACAGACGGAUCGAGGAUCGAGGAUCAAGGCGCCAUGGAUACUUGUAUCGCAUUGCGCACGAUGGUGGUCAAGGACGGUGUUGCAUAUUUGCAGGCUGGCGGUGGCAUUGUGUUUGACAGCAUAGAGGAGGAUGAAUGGUUUGAGACGAUGAACAAGCUCGGCGCGAAUAUCAGGACGAUCGAGGAGGCCGAAAAGAGAUACUUGGCUCUGGAACAGAUUGGAAACGGUCAAGCAAAUGGGCGCUACUAG